AUGGACACCUCGUUGUUUAUAGCGCGCGAAUGCUACGUGUACCGAGUUCCUCCACGCACAUCUGCGGGCGGAUACCGUGCAUCAGAAUGGGGUGAUGUUAACAAGUCGCUGUGGAAAGGAAGCUUGCGGAUCGUCGAGUUCAGCGAGCGGUGCGAGAUUCGUUUGGAAGAUCCGAGUAGCGAGGAGCUCUUUGCCGCAGCGCCCUACGAUAUUUCUGGCAAGGCGGUCGAAGCGGUGCUUGAUUCUUCGCGCUACUUUGUGGUGCGUGUCGAGUCCGACCAGAAACAGUCGGCGUACAUUGGCAUCGGCUUCCCCGAACGCACAGAGGCAUUUGACUUUAACGUCGCACUUCAGGACUGGACACGGCGACGCAAAUCUGCGAUGCAGGGACCGACAGACAGUGGCCCCAAACCGUCACCACACUUGCCUGCAGGCCCACGGCAGGAUUUCUGCUUGCCGGAAGGAGAGACGCUCAAUGUAAAGCUUCCCGCACUGCACUCGAGUGGCGGCGCGACGCAAAGUGCGACGCGCAAAGGAUUUGUGCUCCCGCCGCCGCCGCCAUCGUCAAAACAUACAUAG